GUCGCCGCCUCGCUCGCUGUUUAUUUUGUGACGUCUUGCGUCUAUAAAGAGAGUUGGGUUUUUGAAGAGAAGGAAAAAGGUGGGAGCUUUUUGAAGAGAGAGGAAGAAGAAGAAGAAAAAGAAAGCUUUUUGGAGGAGGAGGGAGGUAGGAUGGUGGUGGAGCAGGUUAAGGGGGUGAAGGUUGCGGGGCAGGAUAUCAGCGUCAGCUCGACUAGCGGGUCCAAACCCGUUUCCAAGGACUCCAUCAUUAAUCUCGAUCAUGGUGACCCUACUAUGUUCGAGUCAUUCUGGCGCACAAUGGGAGGACAAGGAACCGUUGUGAUCCCAGGAUGGCAAACAAUGAGCUACUUCUCGGACGUCACAAACGUGUGCUGGUUUCUUGAGCCUGACUUCGCUCUCCAAAUCCGUCGUCUCCACAACUUGGUCGGCAAUGCUGUCGCUGACGAUCGACAUAUAAUCGUUGGCACCGGAUCGACGCAGCUGUUUCAGGCGGCGCUAUACGCUCUCUCCCCUUCAGAUGCAACCGAGCCCAUGAGUGUUGUCUCUGCCGUCCCUUAUUACUCGUCUUAUUCAGCAGUGACCGACUACCUCCGGUCAGGACUUUUCAAGUGGGCCGGCGAUGCCUCUGCUUUCACUGGUGACUCAUACAUCGAGAUCAUAUGUUCUCCGAACAACCCUGAUGGUUACAUAAAACACCCUGUAUUGAACUCCAAGAAGGGGAAGAUGGUCCACGAUCUCGCCUACUACUGGCCUCAGUACACUGCUAUCACCGGUCCAGCAGAUAACGACAUUAUGUUGUUCACCGUCUCUAAGAGCACCGGCCAUGCUGGGACUCGACUAGGAUGGGCACUUGUGAAGGACCGGGAAGUAGCAAAGAGAAUGACCAAGUUCAUAGAGCUGAACACAAUCGGGGUGUCAAAGGACUCACAGGUUCGAGCUGCACAGAUACUGAAAGUGGUUUCUGAUGGGUAUGAGCUCCCGGUCACUGAUCCUGCAGCUAGGCUUUUCGACUAUGGGAGGAGAAUCCUUGGCUAUCGAUGGGAGAGGUUGAGGGAGGUUGCAAAGACGACGGGGAUGUUUAGCUUGCCUGAGUAUGAGUCUGACCACUGCAAUUUCAUUGGACAGCAAACUUCUGCUAAUCCUGCUUUUGCAUGGCUCAAAUGUGAGAGAGAUGGGAUCGAAGACUGCGAGAAUUACCUAAAGAGUUACAAGAUACUAACUCGAAGUGGUAAACAUUUUGGUGUGGAGGCCAAGUAUGUGAGAGUCAGCAUGCUGGAUCGCGAUGAGACGUUUGAUCUGUUUAUCGAGCGAUUGUCUUCACUGAAGUGAAAGCAAUUCUUUUAGCUACCCAUUUUUUUUUACCCUUCUCUUUACCUUUUUUUACCUUCUAUCUUCAGUUUUCUGGGACUAUUGCGUUCAUCUUAGAUGUAUAUGAGCCCGUUAUAUUAUAUUUUAUGUACUAUAAUUCCUACUCGAACGUUAGUUAAAUGCGGAGAAGAAAAAUGCAAGCUACCCUAAUUUGCACGUUUUCUGA